AUGGACUCCCGCUUCACCUCUACUGGGUCUUCCACCCAACAGUCUCCCUUCACCUCCUCCUCGGCCUCCUCUUCGUCCUCCAAGAUUGUCCCGCCCCCAAGACAGACGCCCAAGACAUCAUCGACAGACCCCUUUCUCAAGGACUUCACACUCGUCGCCGAGGCGGCGAAACGGGCGCAGAUGGCGGUGCUGAUGAGGGAUUUUGAGAGCGUGGGCCUUUCAUAA